AUCCGGAGUGGGGCGAGAGAGAGGAGUGAUCCAACGGAUUUCGCUGGUGGGUUGCCUGCUACACCACCCCCACCAGGCGAUAUGCAUAGCAAGCGAUCCAUAUGGGUUGCCAAUUUUUUGUUGACUAUAUCACUUUGAUCUGACAAAAGUACACAAAAGUCCACAUUUAGUACACAUAAUUUUGUUUCCUAGUGUGUUUAAUAAUUAAUAUUAAUAAUUUUAUUGCCACAUGUCACAAAAGCCUACCCCACCUUCCAGGUAACUCCACUCCCCCUAUUUUUCACAGGCAACCUCCAGCUGGUGCAAGUAGCCCAACCUCCGGCAUUACCACUCCGGACAGCCUUAGCUUCUUGCAAAUUGUUGCAAUUCAGGCACGUGCCUAAGCAUUUUGUCAGGAAGAUGGCGCAUUUGCAUGACUUGCCCCUUGACCUUCUGGAUCUUAUCAUCGUAUUGUUAGCAAUAUCCACUGAUGGCGCCAGAGACCUGACAAGAUUUGCAGCAACAUGCAAGCAGAUUAAGAUAAUGGCUGAACGACUACAUAUCCAAAGUAUAGUCAACUUACACCAGUUGACUUUUACAGAUGACUACACAAAGCAUCAUCACCCUCAUGACCUCCUUUGUGAGUGUGCCGCAGCUGGAAAUCGAGAGGCCAUGUCCAUACUUGCAAUGGCUAUUUUGUCUGGCGACUCCUGGUUCAAGCAUAUGUUAGAGGAUCGCAAUAAACGAUCACGUGAAUUGAAAAUGUCGGUAUAUGGACUAAUGCAUUCCCAUACACUUGUAAGAUCAUUUAUUCGCUAUGGCUACUGCACUGAUAUUUUAAAGAUGCGUCGACACUUGCUCAACUAUGUGGCCUCAUGUGCUGGAUACCGGGCAGCUUGUGCAUUUGGCAUCCUUACUGCUGUCAAUAAAAUGUGUUCUGAAAUGGUUCACAAAAUUAAUGCAUAUCGCCUUUCUGUCAGAGAAUAUGAUAGUUUUGGAAACAAUCUGUCCUUGGAGAUACUUAACAAGGACUUGGGUGAUGAUCGUAAAAAAGUGCUCGUCAUAUUUGAUAAAGUUUUCCCUUCGAAACCUAUUUGAGUUUUAGGACUUCAAGUAAAUGAUAAAUAUAUAAUGUUAUAAGUUUCUGGGUUGGAAAUAUGAAUUUACAGACUAAGA